UGCCCCUUCUUUGAAGUACCUCCACAUUACAGAUAUUAUGCUUUACAACUUCCGUCAAAUGGAGAAUAUGACUUAGUUGGUCGAGGCACGUGUUUGCAUUGCCUGUGGAGGUACCCUGAAGUUUCUAAAAGCUCUUACUUCUGUCCAACGCCUUUUGCUAUCUUUAUAACGCCUUUUGCUAUCUUUAUAACUCUCAGAGGUGAUGCAUCCUUCUGGUAUGAAUAUGAUGUUCAAUCAACUUGUUCAUCUGGACUUGUAUACAUUUACUAA